CACAGAGAGAGGCAAGAACGGAGAAUAUCAGUGGAUACAGCGCGCCGAGGUAAAAGUCAGUGGUUACAGUUCGUCCCAACAUGACAGCCCCGAGUUACAACGAAUCGAGUAAGUCUCGCGGUGGCGUGGACGGGCGCAGCUACACGAUUCCCAACGACAGCGUGUGUGUCAGGACAAGGAUCUGCGGCGAAAAUAUUGACUUGACAUCUUUGUUGAAAGCCGUCAUGGAGAUCAAACAGAUGGUCAGUGAAAACAUGUCCUUUGUAGUUUAUAAGCUGGACAGGUUAGAGAUGUGUAAGGAUGCAGAAAUACACCAUUUAAAGGACGCGGUAAGCCGGGCGGAGGACACUAACCGAAUUCUCAAUGAACAGUUGUAUGCCUAUCGUAUCAAUGAACAGAAGAUGCGGUAUGAAAUAAAGCUACUGAAGAAUGAAAACAAAGAACUGGGGACGAAGGUGACGAAAUGCCAGUCUGAAGUCGCAUCUGUGACUAAUCAGUUCCGCAAAUUAGACGUCAUGACAGAAAAGAUGGAUCUGGUGCUUCAAAAAACAUCCUCCUCAUCAGCAUCUGUAUCCCUUAACAACAUCGCAACCCAAACACCACCAGAGACAGCACAACUCAGUGAAAAGAAUUUCACUCCUGAAACACCAUCUGUCAGACACGGGGUAACUCGCACCUCACCCUCACAAGAUUGUCCAGCUUCUGAUGUUGGUAGAUGUGCACGGACACAAAAGUCUACAAUUGCUGAUGAACCAUCGCGCAAUGAUACACGAACGUUUAAAUUUGGGAGUGUAGAAAAUCACCACUCUCACCUAGUUGGGAAUAAACUGAAUAUCAAAACACCAAACUCAGAUGGAGAAAAGAACAUAAAAACGGAACAAUAUGUGUUGUCCCGUCUCAAGGGACCUGCAGGCAUUGAUGGUGUAAAUGCAGCAGUGACGCGAUAUGCCGCUGACAGAAGUGUAAGGGUGACACAUGUACGACACAUUAAGACCUGGCGUGGUAGGGCCGGGCGACAAACGUACACAGUGCUGAUUGAUGUAGCUUGUGAUGAUUCCCACAAAAUACAGGACAAAUUCUGGCCGGAUGGUGUUUAUUGUAGACUUUACAUUCCCGAGGUAGAAAUGACAACCAGGAACGGGGACAGAGCACGUGACAGGGAUACAAAAUAACUAUAGGGUGCAAAUGUAACGUAAGGCUCAAAGGAUCCUGACACGCACAAGGGAUGCAACUCUUCACAGACAAAUGAAGUGCCUUAAACGAAUGGCCUGCAAAUAUGACGUUUUCAUGAAAGGCGCAACUACGAGUGAAAAUGGCAACUUUGUAGGUCACAAGCUCAGAUAAACAUUUUAUUUGACAAGAAAUGUUAAUUUUAUUAGGUAUUUUCUUGCAUGACUUUCAUGAUCUUACUCUGAAUACCAUUGUGUCGUAGAAUGAAAGUACAUGUAGUUCCGACUCUAGAGAAAUAUUGAUUUCGUGUUUGGAUAUUUAUACAAUAUACAUAUUAAAUGUGUUUAGGUCCUUACUCUUCAAGGAACUCGAUGAUUGUUUACACAUAUUCCUUAACGAUAAUCUAUUUUUAUACAAAAAUAUACAGAAGUAUUAUUUUUCCUGUUUAAUGAACACGGUGGCUCCAAGUGUGGGUGGGAUGGCUUCCUGCAAGGAUGCAGUUUAAUAACAAGUAACUAAAACAUUUACCCACCUGAACUAGAAAUAAAGGCGACCAGUGAGGCUGCCUCAUCUGUUUCAUUACGGAAG